UUCAUCAGCCAAGAUCUUAUCAUCAUGGCUUCCAACUUCAAUCUAUCUCCAUCAGAUGCACAUCCAGAGACAAUGGAUCUUCUGUCACGUGCGUGGUGCAACUUCGCUGUGCAAGCUCUGCAACCAGAGCCUCAAGAUGGAUUGUCACUUGUCCUAGCUGAUAACCCAAUGAAGCCACUGGAGAGCAGUCCCGCAGCUAGUCCUACAAUGGAAAAGAGUGCUAGAAUGGAAAAUGCAGAUUUUGGGUCUCUCCCUGGAUGGAAGUCUAAUGAUGUGAAGUCAUGGAUACGGAUGCAGCAAGCAAUGCAUCCUGAGUUGAAUUACAACAGCUACUUCAGAAAGAAAUGGAUGCCGUGGAAACAGAUAAUACCACUGAAAAAUGUGUCAAUCAAGAAAUGGUUUAAAGAAAUAAAGAUGAGGAGGAAAGAGGAACAGAGAGUACAAACAGCAGAAGUGCAUGCAGCAAUAUCAGUGGCUGGGGUGGCAGCUGCUUUAGCAGUCAUAGCUGCAGAAAACUCCAAGGGAGGCCGAUCAUCUAACGCUGACAAGGAAGCAGCAGUAGCUUCUGCAGCCGCCUUGGUCGCAGCUCAGUGUGCAAAAGUUGCAGAAGCAAUGGGGGCAAAGAAGGACCAACUUAACAGUGCAAUUAGUUCAGCCAUGACUGGUACUAGUGCAAGUGACAUCUUGACCCUCACGGCCUCAGCUGCCACAUCACUGAAAGGAGCGGCCACACUGAAAGCAAGAUCAGGAUGCAAG